AUGCUUCCAACAAAGCGUAAGGUGCUCACUGUCGAAGAAAAGAUUUCUUUCAUCAAAUCAAUAGAAAAUGGCGAAAAACAAACAGAUGUUGUUCGACGUACGGGGAUUUCCCAGUCGACUGUGGCUACAAUUUGGAAGGAUAGGAAAAAGUGGCUUGAUGCGGGAAUAGAAAUGGGAACCAAGAAAAAGAUUCGUAAACCUCAGUAUGACGAUUUAGAUCGCGCUAUUCUACAGUGGUUUAAACAACAGCGUAACAACCACAUUCCACUGUCUGGACCUGUAAUCAAAGCAAAGGCGGAAUUUUAUGCUACGGAGCUUGGCAUCGCUAACUUUAAGGCAUCUGAAGGUUGGCUGAGUAAGUGGAAGCAGCGUCACAACAUAAAUUACGGGCAGAUUAGUGGAGAGGCUCGUGACGUCGACAAAAACAUUACAGACGACUGGCUGCAAAAAGUGUGGCCUGGUAUGACAGCUCGAUAUUCGCCAGAAGAUAUUUUUAACGCUGACGAAACUGGAUUAUUUUACAAGAUGACACCAAACAAAACUUUGAAAUUCAAGUCAGAAAAAUGUAUCGGAGGGAAAUUAUCAAAAGAAAGGAUCACAAUUUUGGUGGCAGCUAACAUGACAGGUUCAGUAAAAAGAAAACUUCUGGUGAUUGGCAAGUCUAAGAAUCCACGUUGCUUCAAAAAUGUUAAGCGUCUGCCUGUUAAUUACCAAGCAAAUAAGAGUGCUUGGAUGACGUCUCAAAUUUUUGAAGAAGAGAUUCGAAAAUCGGAUUGUGAGUUGAAGGGCAAGAAAAUUUUACUCUUGGUUGACAAGUGCCCUGCUCACCCUGCAAUACCCAAUCUCCAGAACAUAGAACUUGGAUUUUUACCAGCCAACACAACAAAUGCUGUACAAAUUAUCAGCAGAGCAUGGGCUGAGGUGACAGAGAAGACAAUAAAGCACUCAUUCAGGCACGCAGGAUGGCUGGAAGACCCAGUACCAACAGAAGACGAAGACGACUUGUCUCUAGUUAUUUGGGCCCAACAGUUGGAACUUCCAACAACUUAUACGCCAGAGGAGUUACAGGAUUACGAAAACAUAGACGAGACAGUGGCUACAGCAGCAGGAGUUUCAGACGAGGACAUUCUGAAUGCUGUUCGUGUUGUUGUUGAUGACGAAGAUAGUGAGCAAGAGGAAAUUGAUCCAGAGCCGGAACCAGUCCCAACCCCUCUACAAGCCCUGGAGGCUGCUAAGGUGCUCCGCAAAUUCUUUGCUCACCAUGAAGAAGAGCCAACUGCGUCAGAGGAUGCUUCGCGUCUUGAAGAUAAAGGUGAAGCUAAGGCCUCCCCUGGAGGAACACAACAACUCACAAAGAGAAAGAAAAUAGGAAGUUCAGAUGAAGAACCAGAAAUGACUGAAGAAAAUGUCGAAAGUAGAUACCUCGACAUCAACAAAUUCAUCGACAAUGACAUGGACCCUGGCAGAAGGCUCCCAAAAAUGAGCCUUACUGCGCUAAAAAACAAGAUCAUGGUAUGGGCUCUGGCUCAAGCAGAGCUCCAAGGACAGGAAGACGAUCACGAAGAUGGCGGUCUAGAGAAUCCACUGAACUUCUUACCUGUUAAAGCUGUGGAUGCAACGGAAGAUUUUAUAAAUGCUAAAGGGCUGGUACCAGAAGAUGAGCUCGAUGAAAUGAAAGAAGAAAUAUAUGAUACUGGUGACGCUGACGCCGGAUGGUUCGGUAAGAUUCAUUAUCAUUAUUUGACGAUCUGCUCCAACUGCCUCCAGUAA